CUGGCUUUACUGUGGUUAAUUUAUAAGAGGCUGGUUAUUCCAUCGGAAUUGACCAAUGGCGUUUGUCAAUUUCAAUUUACGACGAAUACGAUUGCCGUUGUAGAAUGACCUUAUUGGAAUGACCGUUUGAGUUAAGCCAAUGAAUGCCGGGAGUGACAUUGGUGUAUAUACAGCACGUGAAUUCGAGUCGAGCAACGUGAUCGCAACGUUAGUAGUUACGUCGAGUAAUGAGCGACAACGAAGUUUUGACAAUCGCGUUAGUAUUUCGCCGAUCGCGCAUUUCGGUUUUGAAGCUUCGUAAUCGCAAAGAUAUCACAAUGCCGCGCUCACAUUUUCGACUGAAAGUUGACUUGUCCAAGUUUUUUAACGAUGCGCGUCGGAUCUGUUGGAUUUUUGUUGAUUUAACAAAAUUUCAACAUGUUAUUCAUGUCAAACAACACAUCACUAAGAUAUUUGGCAUAAGAGAACCGUUUCAUUUGUUGUUGAACGAUGCCGAAUAUCUACCACCGAUGGAGGAUAUUCGCAUUCUCAUCGAAAAUGAGACAAUCAAAGUAAUCCCUGGAUCUGGCAUACAAAAUGAAGUUUUAAAUGCAGUAGUUACUGUACCAGAUACUAAUAAUAACAAAAAUUUCUCUAAGACUAAAGCAUAUAACAAUAUUUCACAUAAUAAGGUUGUCGAAACAACAGAUGCUACGACUGAGAAAAUAGAAAUAAAUACAAGUAAUGGAUUAGAUGUAUCUGAAGAUCCUUUGAAUUAUACAGAUUCAGCUUUGAUAUAUAAUAAUACAGCAAAUGCAAUGUUUACUACUGCAAUUGAUGAUAUAGAAGCAGACGCAGAUUCAAAGGUUAUGGAGUAUAGUAAUAUAAGUGAAAGUUGUAAUACAAUAGAUUCUGCUACAAAGAGAAAGCGAGUUCGAAAACGUAAACCAAGAAAUAAUAAUCCUCAAGAAACUAACCUUGAUAACAAGCACAACAGCCUUGAAGUAUCAUCUUCAGAUACAAAAGAAGAGAGUAAAUCGAAGAAACCAAAAAUUAUUAACUCUCUGACUAUACCCACUGGAAAACAUAUAAGAUUCAGUGAUACUGAACAAAAGGAGAAUCAUGUUAAUAAACUUGAGAUAGCAAAUGAUUCUGUAGAAUUUCAUACGAGCAAAUUAACAUCCAAGGGUCUCUCUACACUUUUAGCGUUAGGACAAAGUUCUACUCCAAUAACAUUUACGAAAAAAAUAAAAGAUAAUAGUAAGACAGAAAACUUCCAAACACCUAUAAUAUCUGCGAUAGAAGUUGAUAUGGAAAGCCCGACGGAAGAAAAGGCAAAGUGUAUCAAACAUUUGAAAAAAACUAAAAGUGACAAUAGUAUAGAGAAGAGUGUAUGUACCAUAGACAUUAGUAGAAAGAUGUAUGCUCAUAAAGAUUUGUUAAAUUUGCCACUCGAAAAUUUUCCAGUUAUGACUAGAAAGCCACGUGUUGGAGAUAUUAUUAGUUUUAAGACUUUAAAACUUGCUGAUGACUAUACACCUCAGAUAUCCAAUUUUAUUAUAGGCGAGGUAUUAAGUUCCUGUACAGAUUCUGCAACAUAUAUUUUUAAGAUAAUCAAAGGUUUAGAGGAGAUUGAGGUGCCAUCAGGCAAAUUUUCUGUCUCGGAGGAAGAUGAGUCUGUUUGUCAAGAUAAUAAUAUAUCGUUUAAUUUUUCGCAAAUAAGAGAACCUCGUCUGAUUACAAAAUAUUUAUAGUGUUUUAUCUUAAAGACUUAUUUUUAUGUUCUAUUCUAUAAUAUAACUAUGUGCAUAUUA